ACAAUUUGUAAUCUGCAGGAAUAAUUUUUAGAACAUUGACAUAAACAUAGGACUAUGUUUAGUCAUGGAAGUUGUUUAGAACAUUGACUAUGUUUGUACAUUAAGAUAGUAAUUAAUGUCUAGUCAUGUUAGUUGUAAUCUGCAAAGGUUGUGGCAUGGUGCUUAGCUUUGCCACUUUUUUGGUGUAUUUGAUGUAUGUGUAUUCGAUGUAUAUUUCUAAAUCUAAUUGCAAUUUAUGCUUUGUUGAAAUGGUUAGAUGAAUGAUUUGGCUAUCAAGCGGCGUAAAAUCAUUGCUCAGGCUGUUUGAGUAGUUGCUACAAUGUGUGCGUACACACUGUUUGUGUAUAGGCGUGCAGGCCGUACACCACCUGUCACCUACGGUCCCUUAGCUGAAAGAGACAAGAUUAGGAUGGCAAACCUUAGGUUCAUUUUCCACAAUGAUGAUCGGCACUGUGUAGAACAGCUUCGCAUGAGAAGAGCUCCUUUUUUCCACUUAUGCACAUUGCUUAGGACGAGGCGCUUACUUAGGGACACAAUUAAUAGCUCGGUUGAGGAACAAGUUGCCAUGUUCCUGCAAGUGGUUGGUCAUAAUUGUAGGUUUAGGUUGAUAGAGCUUAAUUUUAGAAGGGGUUUGGAAAUAAUUAGUCGUUACUUUCAAGAAAUCUUGUAUGCUAUUGGAGAGCUACGUGGAGAGAUGAUUCGGCCUUCAUCCCACGAGGUCCACCCAAAAAUUGCAAACAGCCACAGGUUUAACCCAUAUUUCAAGGUACUAGUGUUAGAUUGCGUAGUUUUUUCCCACUCUAGUUCUUACCUAAUUGUUUGUUACCCUUGGUUAGGAUUGCAUUGGGGCUAUAGAUGGUACUCAUGUGCUAGCUAGAGUCCCAGCUAGCAUGGCAGCCGCCUUUCGGGGUAGGAAGGGGGUUACCACGCAAAAUGUCAUGGCAGCGGUGGAUUUCUACCUUAAGUUCACGUUUGUCUUAGCUGGGUGGGAGGGAUCUGCACAUGAUGCCAGCAUUCUAGCAGAUGCAUUGGAGAGGGAUGAUGGUUUAAGGGUGGCCCCGGGUAAGUGUAGUUAGUUAAGUUAAAAAGUUUGUUUGUGAACUAAAAAAUGUGCUCACUUAAACGAUAUUUAUCGCUUGAUAGGUAAAUUCUACUUGGUUGAUGCGGGAUAUGCUGCUCGGCCCGGGUUCCUUCCACCAUAUCGUGGGUGUCGGUACCACUUAAAGGAGUAUGGUGGAAGGAACCACCCUCAUGACCAAAGAGAGUUGUUCAAUCUGAGGCACUCCUCCCUUAGGGUCACGGUGGAACGGGCUUUCGGUGCAUUGAAGAACCGUUUUAGAAUUCUAUAUAACAAGCCAUUCCACCCAUACAAGACACAAGUCAAGUUAGUACUAGCCUGCUGCAUUUUGCACAAUUGGAUUCUAAUGCAUGGACAAGAUGAGUGUGUCCCUGGGGAACAAGAGUGGACUCUGAACCCUGUAGAGCCCGAAGCGCACAAUGAUAUUGCAUAUGACAACAACACUUGGGCAGCAAAGAGGGAUGAGUGGGCACUAGCUAUGUGGAACAAUAGGGGUAGCAUGCGUGUGUGAAUGAUGUUACCAUAUAAUGUUGUACUUUGUAAAACAAUUAGAACUUGUAAUAAUUGGUACUUCUACUUAUGAGUUGUAUUAAUGUGUACUCUGUGACAAUUUGUGGCCUGUAAUAAUAAGUAGUUCCAAUUAGGUUUUUAUCCAUUAUAUGUGCUUAUUUUCUUCUGUGUUCCAAUACAUGUGCUUCGUGACAGCUCAUGGCCGACCAUGGUGGUGGCGGUGCGCCAAGGACCAACUUGAAGUGGACAUCUCACAUGUCCAACAUCAUGCUGAGACGUUUGGUUGACCUGAUCGAGAGUGGAUUGAGGACUGAGAAGGGCUUUAAGGAGGUGCACGUGAACACCGUUGCAAGACAAGUGACUAAGGAGACUGGUGUUGAGGUUAGCGGGAAUCAGGUGUACAACCACCUCCGCAAGUGGCGUGCAAGGUGGGUGAAGAUAUGCAAGAUGCGGGAGCUCAGUGGUGCCUUGUGGGAUGACACCACCAACUCCAUCGUACUGGAGAACGAGCACUACAAAGGCCACAUAAAAGAUCACCCUACUGAUGCUGAAUACCUUAAUAAACCUCUUGAGAACUAUGACCAGAUGGCUGCCAUAUUCUGUACUGGACAGGCCACCGGGAGGUAUGCCAUGGGCUCCAAUGAGCCUUUGGGAGCUCCUUCCGAUGUGAUCGAUAGCGAUGAGAAAGCUGGCCCUAUUUCCAAUGUCAUCAGUGGAGGGUUCAGCUUUGCCGGGGGCCUUGCUGCGGAUGUUGAGGACACCAACACCAAUACCCCUCCAUCCACCUGGACUCCAUCGAAUGCCUCUGCACCCGAGGAGGUUGCUUCCGGUGCUUCUGAGGACAAGGGGAAGGACUCCUCCACUGCGGUUGGUUCCAAGAGGAAGAGGGCCAUGAUCACGGAGGAGGAGGUCGUUGUCUUCACUGGCAUGACUGAGGCUGUUAAGGAGAUGGCCGGUGCCAUCAAGGCAACUAUCCACACUGAGGCACACCCCGAUGUGUACAAUGCUGUGAUAACCCUCCCCGGCUUCACCGAGGAUGUCUUACUAGCCGCUCUCGGUUGGCUCUACGACAACAAGGCGCAAAGCAUUGGUUUUGUGCAAAUGAGUGAUGACCAUUGUCGCAAGUGGAUGAACCGUUGGAUCACUAAGCACUACUUUAGUCCUUAGUUUGCUUCUCAUCUAGCCUUUUGCCUACUCAGUUGGUGGUUGAUGUAGAUCCCUUCCCCUGCAGGCAGCAACUAUUUUUGUAAGAUGAAACUGUAGACAUCUUUGUAUUAAUUAGCUUACCUUAGUAUAUGAGGUGGCACUAUGGGAAAAUGUGUGAUGA